CAUCCUUGUCUAUUUGCUUAUAUUCUGGGUAGUGCUAUCGGUGUUGAUGAUGAUCAAAUGACCGACGGAAAAAUUAGCCGAGUUAUAAUGGAUUUCGAGGCAAAACAAGCCGAGUGUAGAGUAAGUCAUGGGUGGGACUGGUACUAUGGAUAUUCCGCCACAUGCGAGCCCUGUAGUGACGGAUGUGUUGAACCGACUGAUAAUAUGAAGAAAACUUGUUAUAUGUUCUGUUAUGAGUUCAUGGUUCAACAAAUGAAAGAUAAAGAGAUCCAACUAAAGCUGAAGAUAGCCAAUGAGUACGACUUAGCAAGAGAGGAAGAACAAUCAAGAAUAAACAAAAGUCACGAAACUUGGCUGACGAUACUCUCUGUUGGUUUCGGCGUAGUGUUCGCCUUACUGGUUAUCGUGGCUGCUGUCUGUUAUUACAAAUACCGCAAAGCGUUCAACAGAAAUCACCCAGUUCAACAAAACAGCGAUGAUAAAUACGAAGAAGGUCUUAUUAACGGAAGUGGUUCUUCACUUGAAUCGCAGCAAUCUGGAGUUUAGAUCCGCGGGACACAGAUGUACAAAAGAUUUUAAUUACACA